AAACAGUACCCUCCUCGGGAAGGAGGGAGAGCGAGAGGGGGACCUCCGGCGCAUCGUAGUCGGUCGCUGCCCAUCGAAUCUCCUUCGAUCUCAUCGAAUUCGUCUCAGUUUUUAGUUUGAUUCCUGAGCUACUUGAAUCCGACAUGUUUCGGGAUUGAGAAAAAUUGGAGAGAGCUGUUAGAUUUAUCUCUAAGUGAUUUGACUCUGUUGUUCGUUUUGUAAUUCGUUUUUAUUUAACUCCGUAUUUUUGGUGAAUAUUUCAUCUCGGUGUAGGGGAGAUUAGGGAUGUUUCAGUUGAGGUUUUGCUGGAAUCCGUGGAAUUUUUAUGGGGGUUUUGUUCUAGGUUUAUUAUCGGUUAGGGUUUCUAUAUUUUGAGGGAAAAUGGGCGUAGGUGAAGGGUGAGAGAGUGCGACUUGAUCUGGAUUUUGCUGGCGUGCUAUUGAAGGAAUGAAAUCUUAUUUCAGGCUUUCUUUUGAUCAUCAAUAAGCGUCGGUCUUUGCGAACUUUGUUGGGUGAUUAUUAUUGCAAAAUUUAGAUCAGGUCGGGUGAUAUUCUGGGUCUUGUGAAUGAUCAUACUCUUUUGUUUUUCCAUCGCCAAUGUUAUAUCUUAAGUGUUCUCCAUAUUAGUGAAAUUUAUGUGAAUUCUCCUCGUUAGUUUUCCAUCUUCUGUUGAGUAAUCUACUUAUUUACCUUCCAUUAUUAAGGUAUCAAACUUAUUAACUGACGUUCCUCAGAAAAGGCCAGAGUGGUUGCUAAUGUUUCUAUCACUUUCUCUCGCAGCUUGAUUUGGUGAUUUCAAAUUCUUGGAUCUGUUUUUUUGUUGACCAUCUUUCUUUUCAUCUACUUGUUGAAAAUGCUGGCUAUUGGUUUAUGAUCUUUAACUUGAUUUAGAACUUCACAUAUUGUCCUGCUUUUAUUUCCGAGAAUUCCUUGGCACUGUAUUCACCGGUGAUGCAUAUGUUUACCAAAGUUCUGCACGAGUUCUUCAUUGUAGCCAUCUUUCUCACGAUUUAUUCCAUAUCUUACUAGAAGUACCUUUCUAUCGUUCCUUUCCUUUGUAAUGAAUUUCCAUAGCAAGAUCACGCCUUUUCUAAUUGUAUUUCCUUAUGUUAAGACUCCUUUUCUUUUUCUGAGUUUGAUUUAUUCACUGCUUUUAUGUGUAAAAUCUUGACUCUUUCUCGGUUUGUUAUUUGGUGGACAUCUUUCAUUCUUAUCAGCCUACCUGUUUUGUAGAAAUUGUCAUGCACAGACCUUCAAUCAUUCAUUGCCCACUGUUUGGUUUUUGAGUUCUCUUAUGGUUCUUUUAAGCAGGGUUUGCUCGCGUAUCAUAUUUUAGAUCUAGUACUUUAAUGGAAAGUAUCAAUUUGUGCCCUUCCUAGUUUACAAAGCACUGGUUUUUCUUUUUGUUCAAUGCACAAUUUGUUAUUUACUCACCUCAGAUGCAAUUUUUAGGUUCCAUUUUCUCUUCAUUUAUCAAUUGCUGUAUAUAUUGCAAUAUUUCCCUUUUUUUUGAGAUAAUAUUGCGUUGCUUCCGUCAUAGUGACAUUUUGUCACGAUCUUCUUUGCUCUAGGUAUUAGUAUACAAGUUUAUAACCACUUAUCUCUUUUUCAUGGCCAAACCUGUCACUACGAAAGAUGAUGCAUUCCAUCAAAACUCUAUUCAAAACUUACUCUUGGUUGCUUUCCUAUUAUAAGGCCCAAAUAUUAUGUCUUCCUCACGUUCAAUAUGCAAUCUAAAGCUUCAUUGUAUGUGUUCCUUCAAUUCUUAGUGCAGUAUGUGAAGUAACUUCUGUAGCACUAAGCUCAAGUGCAACACUACUAAAUGACUUUGCUAGUAUUUUCCAAAAUAUUCUUUUACUUGUAACUGUGAUUAUCAGUUGAUGAUGGAUUGUAUAUAGAACUCAAGACCAGGAUUUUAGCGCAAGUCCUUGGCCGCAUGAUAUAAGAAAAUUGGAGCUUUUUUCCAUCCCAGUGCUCCUGUUGAGUGGUUCCUUUAAAUGGAGUGAUUUAUAAAAUAGGUCAGUCUCAUAGGAUGAGAAAUGAUGGAGACAGGGCAACUGGUGGAGUGGCUGCUAACCUAAGUGAGAAAUGGAGAAAGGAGAUGUGCACGUUCUGCUUGUUAUGCUGUGUUGGGUUCAAUUAAUGCUGAGGCUUGACCUAUCUUUAAUGACCACCAAUGUUGUGUAUUGUUGGACUUUGUUUGGCUUUAUCAUUCUUGAAGGUUAAUGAUGGUCGUGAUGGGAAGAUUAAAUGUCUUACGAAGACAAGGCAAUGGCCAGUCCAAGUCUUCCACAAAAGAUUAUAACCCCAGAAUCAUCGAACUCCAGUGAGGCAUUAUCCACUUCAAACAAGGAACAGCCUCAAGUGCCUAACCAGCAAAGUGUGGCAUUGCAUGGUCCUGUGGCUAUCCUUUGGGACAUCGAGAACUGUCCAGUUCCAAGUGAUGUUCGCCCUGAAGAUGUUGCAGGCAACAUUCGAAUGGCAUUACGGGUGCAUCCUGUCAUUGAAGGAGCUGUGACAAUGUUUUCUGCUUAUGGGGAUUUCAAUGCCUUUCCUCGGAGGCUGAGAGAGGGCUGCCAGAGAACAGGGGUUAAGCUCGUAGAUGUUCCAAAUGGUAGAAAAGAUGCUGCUGACAAGGCUAUCUUGAUUGACAUGUUUCUGUUUGCUCUGGAUAACCGACCGCCCUCUUCAAUUAUGUUAAUAUCAGGUGAUGUGGACUUUGCUCCAGCCUUGCAUAUACUUGGUCAACGUGGGUACACCAUCAUCCUUGUUAUCCCUGCUGGAGUGGGUGUUUCAUCCGCUUUGAGCAAUGCGGGAAGGUUUGUCUGGGACUGGCCCAGUGUAGCCCGUGGUGAAGGUUUUGUUCCUCCAAAAAGUUUUAUUCCCCGUGCGCCUGAUCUUGCAGGCUAUCUCAUGAGCUGUAGUUUGGGAGACAACACUGACUGUCAGAAUGAAGAAGAAGCAAUUGUGUAUAGAGGAAUUUCUCAAAGUGAAUACACCACCCGAGGUAACAUCAACCAGUUAUAUUGCUACAACUCUUCUCAUGUCUCUAGAGAACUUUCUAGAGCCUCUCAUUCCUUGGCAGAUUACAGCAGCAAUAAUUUAAUAGCUGGGCCUUAUUUAACUUCCUCAAGGUCUCAAAGUCUACCAUCUGGUCUAAGUGAAGGUCCAGUAGGGGAUCAGAAUAGUAGAGAAGAGCAGAUAUGGUGGGUUCGUCCAGGAGAUAUUCAGGGUUUGAAGGGUCAGCUAGUGAGGCUGCUUGAAAUGUCUGGUGGAAGUUUGCCUCUUGUACGUGUUCCUUCAGAGUAUCUUAAGAUCUUUGGACGGCCACUUUACAUGGCAGAGUAUGGAGUGUAUAAGCUGGUGCACCUCAUUAAGAAAAUGACUGAUGCUUUGGUUGUUGUUGGGAAGGGACACAAGAAACUGCUCUGCCUUCGUAACUCGGCCGACAGGCAUAUGAAAAGGUGUCCGAGUACACCUGUCAUUUUGAGGAAGGACAAAAAAAGAAAAGGAGUUCUGGAAGAGAAUGUGGAUGUUGGUGUAUGUGCUCAUUUGGGGAGCUCCUCCGAUGAGUUCUCGGAUGAUGAGAGGAAUGUUGACACUGUUAUAGGUGCAGCAUAUGACUUCGGUUGCCAUCUCGAGAGUUUCAGACAGGAGGUUCAAGAGCUUCUUGUUUGUUACUCCUGUCCUGUUCCCCUCAGUAAUUUUGAGGCUCUGUAUGAACAGCGGUAUAGAAAAGCUCUCGACUACCGGUGUUUUGGAGUGGAUGGGCUGGAGGAACUGAUUGGGAAGGUGAGAGAUGUUGUGGAAUUGCGUGAAGAUCAAGGGAGCAAAAGGAAGUUCCUUGUAUCCAGCUGCGCAAGUGGAUAAGGCCCAGUUCUAGUCAUGCCCACUCUGAUAUUCCCCUAGAUUUGAUAAAGCAUGCUUUUCUGAAGUCUUAUGUGUUGGGAAGUGUUUGCUUUCUCUUACCUUUCAAGCUUUUUACUUGUUAUGCAUCCAGCACUGAGAUGACACUGAUUUUUUUGAAGUGUCUGUAAAUUACGUAUGAUAGUGCAGAAAGAUGUAUUCAUGCAUUCAUGCCUGUGCUGCAUGAUCCUUCAGUAAUUAAUGUUGGUAGAUUGGAAAGCCAAUGCUAUACACAAGCUUCCUGUUCCCUGUUGCCCCUUUUUCCUGUGUUGAUACAGAUGAUUUUUUUUGGUGAUAUGGGGUACAUAGGCAUGCUGGCAUGCAUCAUUAUGAUUUGAAUGGCUUUACAAGGGAGGCUCCAACUAUAAACUCUGUAAGAUUUAUAUUGUACAUAGUAUCACUAGAUGCUGCUCUAUCAAGAUUGUCCAAAGUUGCAGUGCACCAAACUCUAGAGAUCAAACCCAUAGAGCAGAAGGCUGGUAAUAUUACAUGCUUGUGGUUUACGGUAUGUUGGAACUGCAUAUGAUAAAGAAGAUCCAAGGCAUCCUCAAACUAUGAAAAAUGUCCUGCUGUUUAUGGAUGACUCAUAAGAUGCUGAAAAUAUCUAGCACAGAAUGACAAGGUGGUAAAAGUAAAAUUGGACUCUGGCUUAUUCUUCAUUGAGCAUGAUGUGUUUAGUUACAAGUCCGUGCAAAAGAAGAUGAAACUACUUUGCAUCAUGGACAGAAACCUGAUGUUGUCACCAUCCUUAGCACGUAUCAAUGAGUUUAUGGGAGCAAAUGCAUACAACUCCUAGCUUUUGUCAACAAGUGAGUAUUAGAUUCACAACAGAUUUACAGGUUAUGGUGUUGGAAGGCAUCCAUAUGAAGGUAUCUUCAUUUGCUUGCUAGAACUUCCCUUGUGCUUGAUGAUUUAGGAUUCUUAGCUCUCAAUGGUUUGUGUUUUUUGUCAAAUUGUAGAGUCAAACUUGUGCUUCAGGUCUUUGUUCAAUAUGGUUCUCGCAAUCUACCUUAA